UAUGAGCGGCAUGGCAGAUGGGGAGGAGGCGAUGAGCCAGGAGGACUGGAAGGAGAAAUGCAUGGUUCUGGAGGCGCUGCUCAUGAAGUUCAGAGUGCAGAUCAUCAAGAUUCGAGAACUCACUGCAGACAAGAUUCAGCAACUGGAGACGCAGGUGAUCGAUGCAGAAAAACGGGCCUUCACUGCUCACCAGCAGGUGCAGUGGAUGGAGGAGAAGCUCAAGGCUCCAGAUGGUCAGUCCGGAGACUCAGAGGUGCGCUUGUUUCAACAGUGCCAGGAGCUGCAGGCCUUAGUGCAGGAGAAGGAGGACGUCAUCGCCCAGCUGGAGCAGCAGCUGGAGGAGCAGAAACAGAUCCGACUUCAAGAUGCUAAAACAGUGGAGGAGAAAGCAGCUAAGAUCAAGGAAUGGGUGAUGCUGAAGUUGUCAGAGUUUGAGGUUGAGAAUGCAGCAUUAAGAGAAACCAACAAGCAACAAGAAGCUCAGAUUUUGGAGCUACAGAAACAAGUACAAGCCUUUGAGCAGAAGUGCGGUGGUGGACGAGGAGUCCUGUGCAGACCAGGGGAGGCCCAGCGUCUCAGCAGCCUCACGUUUGGCUGUUUCCAAGUGAGGGGGAAAAACCCCCAGGUCCUUACUGGACCAGCACCAUCCCAGAGGACCCUCAGCACCCAGGGAGAGACUGAGGGCAGAGACAAAACUGAGAAGAGUAGCAAGCAGACAGCCUCCUCGGGGAUAGACGGUGAAGUCCACAGACCAAACCAAACUGGACUUGUGUGUUCUCCACUGGAGGACAACAGUGCGUCUGAGAACCCUGGUGAGAAUGAUUGUGGACCAGAGUCUCGCGGGGUCUCGUCUGUGCUCUCCAGUGCUGCAUCAGAGGGCGAGGGAGGCAGAGGGGCAGUGUGUGGCCUGGAGUUCAGCCGGCCCGGCAGCGAGACCUACCUGACUGCUUCAGACGACAGCAGCUCUCUGUUUGACGAUGACAUGCAGCGAGCCGAGCGUCUCGGCUUUAGCCUGCUGGAGUCAUCAGAUGGAGCGCUAGCAGGGUGUAAGGAGGGGGAGGAGGAGGGACACAGGGCUAAGCUGGAGGACUGCAGCUCCGAGGAGCUCAACAAACGAUUCCAGUCUCAGAGACUUGACUCCUCGUCCUCCUCCAGUGAGCCUAACACCCCCAGCCCCAUCCUCACACCAGCCCUCACCCCUAAAAGGCCCAACCCACCCCAGGACCCAAGGGACAACCCCGCCUCACCCAAACAGCCCCGCCUGAGGACCCCAGCAGGGUUCGGGCUGAUGAACGUGUCUCUGGCCAAGAAGCACCUGAGCCAGCCACCAAUCAGCAGUGAGGCUGCACACGGCCAAACACGUAACGCCCUGAGCAUGCUGCGCCCCCUCCGGCCUCAGGAAACCGACCUCGACCAGCAGCAGGAAGUUGGCAUGGAGACGGGCAGGGACACACCUCCGCAAAUCCUUCCCAGCUCACAAACCACCAUGCCGUCCUUACAGACCUCAUCUGAACCCGGGACAGAGUUGAGCUCAGAGAGGUCCGACUGUGACGGCUCAGUACCUGGCAACAAACCUCCAACUCCGCCUCUACACAGACUCCCCUCCUGGGAAAGUCGUAUCUAUGCUGUGGCUAAAUCGGGCAUCAGACUGUCUGACUCGUCCUGCACAGACCCUGCUAGCAAAGAUCCCUCCCUGCAGUCCUCCUAUCCUGCCUUUGUAAUGUACACAUCCCUCAUCUAUAAAAACAUGACUACACCAGUUUACACUACUCUAAAGGGGAAAGCCACUCUGCUGAGCAGCAGUCCGUUCUCAGAUGAGUCAUCCAGCUCUGAGGAGUCAUCCAGUUCGGGAGAGGAGGAUGGCUCCCUCUGCAGCUCCCACACCUCCUCUAGCUCCAGGAAGGACAGCAGCCCGGGCAGCCCGCGUUCUCUCAAGAGAGCUGUGUCCAUGGCUUCGAUGACAUCAGAGAGUGACUAUGCCAUCCCUCCCGAUGCCUACUCCACUGACACUGAGUGCUCUGAACCUGAGCAGAAACUGCCUAAAACCUGCUGUUCAUCCAGUGACAACGGCAAGAGUGAGCCGAUGGAGAAGUCAGGCUACUUGUUAAAAAUGGUCAAGACCUGGAAGAAAACCUGGAAGAGACGCUGGUUUGUCCUCAAAGAUGGAGAGCUGCUCUACUAUAAGUCACCAAGUGAUGUGAUCAGGAAACCUCAGGGUCAGAUCGAGGUCAACGCCACCAGCAGCAUUGCCCGAGGUGACGGGAAACAAGUUCUCCAGAUAGUGACGGGGAAGCGAGUUUACUACCUGAAGGCGGACUCUCCUAACCUGCUCGAGGAGUGGCUGCGGGUGCUACAGAGUGUUCUGAGGGUGAAGGCUGCCAGUCCUCUCUUCACUCAGCCAGAUAUUCGCCCCGGCAUGAAGGGACUGCUCAUAAAGGUGAAGCACGGCUACUCUAAGCGGGUUUGGUGUGCUCUGAUUGGGAAAACAUUGUACUACUUCCGCAGCCAAGAGGAUAAGUUCCCACUGGGUCAGAUUAAGCUGUGGGAGGCCCGGGUGGAGGAGGUGGACAGGUCCAGAGACUCAGAUGAUGACCUGAAGGCGUGUGGGCGGGGCUUACAGGUGGCACCCUUCACCAUCGCCAUCCACCCACAGGAGCAGGGGCCCACCUACCUGCUCAUUGAAUCCCGUCACGAAAAGGAUUCAUGGCUGUACCAUCUGUCCGUGGCAGCGGGAACCACAGUGGGUAAAGUCGGCACUGAGUUCGAGCAACUGAUAGGAAAACUCUUCCAGCUGGAUGGAGAUCCAAACUCUCAGAUUUGGAGACAUCCCGUGUUGUGUUUCAGUAAAGAAGCUCUGUCAUCUCCUCUCACCACGCUGCCCUCACAGGCCCUGCAGACAGAAGCUGUUAAACUCUUCAAGACAUGUCAGCUUUUCAUCAACGUGGCCAUCGAUGCUCCAGCCAUCGACUACCACGUGUCUCUAGCCCAGAGUGCCUUGCAGGUGUGUCUUGCCCACCCUGAGCUUCAGAAUGAGUUCUUCUGCCAGCUCUUCAAGCAGACCCGCAAGAGGCAGCCACAUGGCCAUCCAGGACCACUGCAGGGCUGGCAGUUUCUAGCCUUGUGCGUCGGCCUGUUCUUGCCUCAGCAUCCUUUCCUCUGGCUGCUCCAAGUUCACCUCAAAAGACACGGAGACGCCAGGACGGAGGUGGGCAAAUACGCCAUCUACUGCCAGCGCUCUAUGGAGCGGACCCAGCAGAAAGGCGAGAGGCAGUCCAGGCCGUCCCGUAUGGAGAUCCUGUCUAUCCUGCUGAGGAAUCCAUAUCACCACUCCCUGCCCUUCAGCGUCCCCGUUCACUUCCUCAACAACACAUACCAGGUGGUGAGCUUUGAUGCUUCAACAACGGUCGACGAGUUCCAGUGUCGCCUCAACCAGGACACCAGCAUGAGAAAAACAGGACUGUCUGGUUUCAGCUUGUACACCGAUGACCCCACAGGACGAGAGCUGGAACACUGUCUGCAAGGAGGCAUCAAGAUUUGUGACAUUAUCUCCAAAUGGGAGCAGGCGUCUAAAGAGCAGCACACCGGAAAGUCUGAGAACACCAGGACUGUCCGCCUCACCUACAAGAACAGGCUGUACUUCUCUCUCCAGGUGAGGGGGGAGUCAGAGAGGGAGAGGUUGCUGCUGGCUUAUCAGACCAACGAAGCCAUUGUAGCAGGACACUUUCCUGUCAAUAAGGAACUGGCUCUGGAAAUGGCCGCCCUGCUCGCCCAGGUGGAGUUUGGAGAUUUUGAACGUCCCUUCUCUGCAUCUGGAUCAGCCCAGACUAAGUCUAAUCAAACCCUGAAGCAGGUUUUGGACAGAUUCUAUCCAAAACAUUACCGCAGGACCACAGCCGAGGAGCAGCUCAGACAACUUCUGCAGCGUCUCUCUGCCCGAUGGGCCUCGCUCAGGGGUCGAAGUUCGUCUGAGUGUGUCAGGAUCUACCUGACUGUCGCGAGGAAGUGGCCGUUCUUCGGUGCCAAACUGUUUGAAGCAGAGUCCAUCACUCCCUCUCCAGAGCCGAGCGUACGUGUUUGGCUGGCAGUGCAUGAAGAUGGUAUCAGCGUUCUGGAGCACAACUCCAUUAAACUGCUGGUAUCCCACUCCUACAAGAACCUGAUGACCUUUGGAGGCUGCAAGCAGGACUUCAUGCUGGUAGUGGGUCAGAACAUCGGUACCAACGCCAGCAAAGACAAACCUACAGAGAAACAUCUGUUUGCUAUGGAUGCCUCCAAGAUCAGGGAGAUCACCCUCCUCAUCUCCAGUUACAUCAACAGUGCUCAUCAGCAGAAGGCCGCUGCCCACCACCUCUCCGCCCCGGCUCUGAUGGUGGCCCAACCCAUCACUCUGAAGAGCAAAGAGCUGAGGAGCAAAUCGCCACCAGCGCUGGGACGCCCCAGCAAAGCCCCCACACUUCUGUGACGGCACAAAAACACACACCCAGAUCUUCUUUAAUGUAGAAAACGUAGGAUUUGUUUCCACCUGCAUUUGGAGCGAUUUUAUUGGACUCGUCGGCCUUUGCAGUCGGAUCCUGUAGAUUUGUCUCAUUUAGCCAGAUCACCUCUGGAAGUGACAGAUGGAACGGGAAGGACUAGAACUCUCUGAUCAGCUUGGUGUAGUUUAAUAUCACAGAGCUGCUGAGGUUGCAGCAAUUUGCUGAUAUCACCGUAGAGUGCCUUUGUACCUUCCUCAGAGAACACUUCAUGAGAUUUACUGAGACUGGAGCUGUAAGCUUCAUAAAGCCGAACAAAGGGGCCUAGAAGCAGCUGAGAGACUCUGCUUAACACUCUAUGAACACUUUCAGUUUACCUGAUGAGCGUUUUUUUGUGACACCAAAGAGAAAAGUCAACACCUUUUAUUGACCGACUUUGCUGCAGUUCUAAAAUGUCUCAAGUACAUUUUUAUAUUCCAGCCUUAAAAUAAAACAAUGCGGUCGUACACACUAUAGACGCAGUAAUGAUGCUUUGUUGACAAAUAAUUUAGAGGGUAUUUUUGGUGUCUUUCCUGGAGGGCACACCAACUGAAACAGUGUUAGUCUUGUAUAAUGAAGAGAACCAUGAUGAAAGCAGGAGGCAACAGCAAGAAGUGCAGCAGAGGAAAAACGGUUUGCAAUGUGUCUAAACGUGCACUUCUGUGUAUGCUCUUUUUGCAAGACGUGAUGGAAGAGCCGUGUAAGUUGGUUGUGCUAUGAGCUUAUAAGAGGGAACCCGGUUUGGACCCUGCGUGCUCGUAGUUACUGAACAGCCAGGAGAGAAGUAAAACUUUAAUCAUAUACAAAUAUUAAGGCUUCUCUGGUGGAGUGAAUGAUGAGAAUCAGGGAGGUGCCUCCACUCUAUAAGUGACAUGAUGGUGUUUAAGCUAAGUAGUGCAUGGUUAGGUAAGGACACACAUUUCUCUAUAGUUGUAGAGUUCACUUUUUUAAAGCUGUUCAGACAGUUCUGUUUCCUGACGCAGCACAGCCCAGUGGUUAAUCUUACAUCCGAAAUGCAACCAAGUCUGUCAAUCAUCAUAGGGACCUAAAAAUACUUUGAACUAUUGUCUGAGAAGUCUCUUAUGUUUUAUUUAGCAUAAACCAAGAUUCCAUUACUGCGUGGAUAAUGUAGCAGAAAUAGAUGUGAAAUGCUUCUCCAUGUUCCAAUGAGCUGGAGGAUUUUUACAUCUUUGUAUUGCGUAAUACUAGUAAUGCAAAACUCUACAUAUUCAUGACACAUAAAUGUUUCAGACCGCUGCUCAGAUGGAAAUUCAGCACUUUUAGUCAAGCCUGUCUUGUGUCAUCUGGUCAGAUCACGUGUUGUUCCCUCUUUUUCUGAGUAAUCAAGUUUCAUCCCUUAUACACCACAAUCACCACAACGUGACCGACAUCUGAUCAUGUGGAUGUUGGUCUGAAGCUCCCCACCCGCUGUGGGGUUGACAAACAGAAAGGUGGAAGUAAAAAUGAUUCCAAGAGAUGGUGAAAUGGAACUUUGUCUAUACAGCAGCAAGUAAACGUGCAGAAUGGAGUGCAGAGAGUUUUUGUGACGGUUGAGUUUUAAGUGAAAAAACAGAAGGGAGUGUGAAAGGUGUGGUCGCUGUGACUGCGUAUUUAGUCGACGCAAAGAAUUCAAGUCCUGUUGUGAAGAGUUUUGAAAACGUGAACUCAGUUUUGGGAAAUGUGUGUCAACAAAAGAAAGUAAGAUGGUGAGAGGAUGUAAGAACAGGUUGCUGAAAUGUAUGAUGGCUGCUGAAAAGGGUUACAGAGAAACACGAUGCUCCGUCUGUUACCUGCGUGACACAGAUUAUGAAACAGAACCUGUUUUUUUGACCCAUUUAACCUGAAGAUGAACUGGACUGUUUUUUUUGUUUUUUUUUUUAAUGUAAGGUACUUUUUAAAAAAAAAGAUGAUUUUCCCUUCUAGUAUUACCAUAAGCCUGUAUUCAGUGAGACUUGUCAGGUUCUAUUUAUUUGCCAUAUGACACACAUUGUAUUUAAAUCAUCUUUGGAGGAAGCGUCGGCUUCAAUAAACUCAACUACAGCAAAGAA